AUCAACAUCAGCGCCAGUAUCCAGCACUUCCGGCGCCGCAAUCAUGGGGGCAGAAAACUCGAAACCCUCGGGCGAAGUCUCGCAGCACAUUUUCACAUCAGAUGCCCCCGUUCGAUUCUCGAAUGAAUUAGUCAACUCGCUACAAAAGAAUACACAGACCGAUGCGACUCGCUCGAGACAACAAGAGCUGCAAUACCAACAGCGCCUGACUUCGGAGCUCGAGAAACUUCGUGAACAAGAGGUCCAGAACUUCUCCCAAGUUAUCGAAAGCCUGUCUGGUGAAGCCGAACAGCCCCCGGCCGAUCCCUCAUUCGUCGAAAAGCUCAGUGAUGCUACAUCGAGCUCAUCGGCUCUCGCCGAGAAACAAAAACAGAAGGAGAUGAGCAGGGACAGCGUGACCAAGGAGAUUGAGGCAUUGAAAAAGAAGCUGGAUGCUAGGAAGAAGUUGGAAAAGGCGGACGCUGAAGUGAACAAGGCGAAGGAGGAUCUGACUAAUUGUUUGAGGACUCACGACAGGCGACCGCUCGAUUGCUACCAGGAGGUCGAAGCGUUUAAGAGGGAGGUUGGACGUCUUGAGAAAGAUUUCGUCGAGAGGACGAUCAGAUGAGAUUCUUCGUAUUAAGCGCUUGGUAUGGAAGCCGUAGUUGCGACUAUAGUCGCAUGUGGCAAGUGUAUAGAUAAAGUGCAAAUGUUCGAGUAUUGAGUACUGUCCGUCUACAGCUUUUCACGUGCUGCACUGGUUUUCACUAUCUUCUCCAGCAUGUUCGGACAGUGAGCUUCAUCACUUCUUCGCAUCGUUUCUUUAUCUUGCUGAUUCGAUUCUUCACUUUUCGUAUAAGAAAGGCCCU